CACAAUUCAUUUGGCAGGCAGAAUCCGUUUGGAAACGCCAUGCUAGUAUGCUAAGAGACACUGGGAUGUUUACGACUGUUGUUGUGACUAGUUUAGUAUCAUCUUAUUGUCGAUAAUUUAGUUAGGUUUUAUUGUUUCAGAGGUAUUAGUUAUAAUAAUAAUAAGAAGAAUAAAGCACUGUUAGUUUCAGUUAAUUGAUUUGAUAGGAGUUCAGGCCUGCAGCUGGACGAAUACUAAUAUAUUAUUGAAUAUGAUUCUCGAGGUGAGCAAAUAAGUCCAAACUCCUUUGACGUGUCCAUGGGGAAAAGGAAAGACAUGAUUCACCCCAGAUUUCUCGCUGGAAAUGGGGAUGAUUAUAGUGUCCACAAAAAGAAACACAAAAAGCACAAGAAACACAAGAAGAAGCAUCAUCGGGAUGAUGGACACAGUUUCUCCUCUGAAGCUCUGGAGUCAGACUCUGGUAUCGUGCUGAAACCUCCUCAACUCAAACUCAAGAUCAAACUUGGUGGACAAACUCUAGGUACCAAGAGUGUUCCCACAUUCACAGUGAUCCCAGACUCUCUACACUCCAUAUCACCAAUGACUGUAGACAGUGAUGAUGACAACGAUGAUGAUGAAGACUCUGAUGAUGAAGUGCCAUCAGAGGGAGUUCCAAUCGAGCAGUACAGAGCGUGGCUAGAUGAAGACAGUAACCUGGACCCGGGUCCUCUACCAGACAUGAACACCGAUUCGCUGUUGGUAGGACCCAUGGAUGAGGAGGAAAGGUGGCUGGAUGCUUUGGAAAAAGGAGAAUUGGAUGAUAAUGGAGAGUUAAAGAAAGAGAUGGAUGAGUCUCUACUUACUGCCAGACAGAAAGCGCUCUUACUCAAGCACCAGGUCCAGCCUUUACUGGAGCUCCCUAUGGGAUACAAAGAAAAGGAGCUAACGGCAGAAAUGAUGCAGAAACGUGAGGAACGAGCUCGCAAACGACGCCUUCAGGCAGCCAAGAAAGCUGAGGAGAGCAAGAACCAGACUAUCGAGAGACUGACUAAGACAAGCAAAGCCAAGAUUAAGAGUAUGAAGGAACGCAGGUCAAAACAGACCCAUCUGCCUAUGGUGCGCUAUAGCAGUUCUGCCCAUGGCACAACUGUUUCUUACCCUGUUGGGGUACUUGCCCCGACCCCUACACCGCCCCGAGCACCACCUGCUGUGCCAGUAAACUGUGGAGUGUCUGGAUGCUCCAACCUGAAGAAAUACUCCUGUUCUAAGACUGGGACGCCUCUGUGCAGUCUGGAGUGCUACAAGAAGAACCUGAUACUUGUGGAGGGUGUUGCUUAAAGUGUGGCAAUUCAGGUGCAACUUUGUGCGUGUAGUGUUUGUGAGUUUUAGUCAAUUGAAAAUUAUGUGAGCAUGGCAUUCCAGGAUACUACAAUUAUGCUGACUAAUCAGUGUAGAAUCAAGAUAAAGUUGUAUUUAUAUUAAGGCACAUUUGGCCUCAUUAUCUGAAUAUUCUAUUAAUUGUAACAGUUUAGGUAAAAAUGGUUUUAUGAAUGAUUUACAUAGAAAUGUAUAAAACAGAAGCAAAGCGAAUUGGUCACACCAAUCUUUUGUAAAUAGUUGCAUUCAGUUUGUCAGUUUACGUGAAAAUGCUCCAUAAAACCAAUUCAAUGACCCAAUUUGACCCAAUGGUUUUAUGAAAGAUUUACAAAGAAAUGAAUUCUGUUUAUUACUCAUAAAAAUGGCCCAGUGUUUUCAGAACCAUUCUUACGAUGAAUGUUGCAUUUAAAAUUCAAUGUGUCAAUUUGUGUAACAAUGGUUUUGCCAACAAUUUGCAUGAAAAGUAGCAUAAAAUAAAAAAAUGUCUGUAAAUCCUUUGUAAACUAUUUAUUAGAUUGUCGCAUUGAAUUGAAUGUGGACCGAUAUGUCAAAAUACAUUUUCAUUGAGACUAUCUGGUCAUGUAAGAGCAGCUUAAUUUUUGUAUAAAGAUGGAAGUAAUAAAGAACACCUGAAGUACAUUUUUCAUGCAUU